UCUUGUCUUACAGAAUUAUUCAUUCUUCCAAUCUCGACCAUGGCUUCUCUUGCUUCAAUUUCCCCAAUCUCUGUGGUUACUCUACCUUACACCGCCAAUGGCAGAAGCACAACUUGCCAACUCAAUGGAUUAUCUAGGAUUGGAGGGCCAGUGGUCAAGGGGCUAAGACUUGUACCAAAGAUCAAGAUCACUAAGGCAGCUGGAAGAUCAUUUGCACUCCCUAGUUGCACAAAGACUACAAUCUCAUGCGCCAUUGCUCAACCAGAGACCCUGCUAACCGUGCAAAGCACGAUUGCCAAGCAACUCUCCAUUGAUGAAAGCACCGUGCUUCCCGAAACCAAGUUUGUCGAUUUGGGGGCGGAUUCUCUCGACACAGUUGAAAUCCUAAUGGCUUUGGAGGAGAAGUUCGGCGUGUCCGUCGGAGAAGGAGGAGCCGAGAACAUUGCAACCGUUCAAGACGCUGCUGAUCUGAUUGAGAAAGUGAAAUCUGCUUCAACUUAGGGGCCUCCAGAGUUGAUGUCAAGACAAUUAAUUCCUUGUAUCAGUCAAAUUUUGUUUCUUUUCUUUUCCCUAUAGAUUUUCCCUUUAGAUUAUGUCAAAGCUCCAGUGAGGUCGUGACGUAUAAUUUCCAUUUGGAACGAAAUGCAUUUUGUUUGACAAAUAAAUAUAAGAAACAUUGUACUUUUCCUUUUAAAUAAUAAAUUAGUCUUAGGUUAUA